AUGGCACAAGAAAAUAAGGACCAACCGCUGGCAAGUGUUAAUGCUAAUCUACCUGUGAUCAAAAAACGUGAACUAAAAUGGGACUCAAAAAGCAACGAGGAGGGUCUGUUAGAACUUGCGAAUCAUCUUUUUGGGAUUCAAGCAACCGAGAAUGAAGAUGGGUUCAUGGAUAUCAAUUACAAUGACAACUAUAAUGAUGAAGAGAUCAAGGUCUUUAUGAAAGUUUUGAAGAGUCUUGUUGAGCAUGGAGAAUCGAGAAAGAUACAACACAUGAAUAUGGUUAGGGAUGGAAAGAUCAUACAGAGCGAUGAAAAGGCCAGCUCUUUUUGCUCCGGUCUCACCCACAUGAACAAGUAUGCAUAUCCAACAUUUUCAAAAAAAUAUACAGACUGGUUAGUUCGCAAGAAGAAUGACAAGAUGUUUGAAGAGCGAAUUCAGAAGAUAGCCAUAGAGAAUGAAAAACUAAAACGCAAGCUUAGGGAGAAAGAAAAAAACAAACCUGCAAGAGAAAAUAAUAAUCUAUCUAGUGGUAGCAGUUCAGAUGCUAGUGAUAGUGAAACCGGUAAGACAGGGUUUGAACUCGGAGAUGUAUUUGUGAUUGGUGAUAUCAUGGAUGAGGUUGAUUUUGUCACAGAACUUUACGUGCUCCGUGCACAAGUAACGAACAAGUCAUAUGGUAUAUCGACCUGGGUACGAUUCACAAACUUUGAGGUAUUCUUUGAUGUUCUUGUACCAUUGACACAUCCAAAUCCCAAUGCGUAUUGCCAGAUUCUCAUUAACAUGCUAGAAUACACAAAUGCAAAACAUCCAAAUGGAUCAUGGGUAAAAUGUACAAGCUUGAUAAAGGAUUACCCACUUGUCAAACGAAAUGAUGGUAAUACCUACCUGCGAAUUCGAUUCACAGAUCAUACCAAAAGACGAUCUGUGAUCCAGGCUAUGCGUCAGAAUAAGUUUCAAUCAUAUAACAUGUUCGAGGAUUCGAUAAGUGGCAAGUACGGGCAAUUUAUCACACAAAGCAGAAUUUACACAAGCGAAACAGAGGAUUGUUUCCACAUCUCUGGAUUCUUCAAGCUUAAAGAUGAGACUCGUGUUUUCUCAAUUGAUGAAUUUCAGAACUGUUUAGAUUAUGAUAAGGAUGUUGUUUUCUUGC